AUGCAGUUCUUGAGUGGUCUUGAUGACUCUUUUAAUCAAGUAAAAAGUCAUAUUCUUCUAAUGGAUCCUCUUCCUAAUGUUAAAACAACUUUUUCAAUUGUCUCUAGAGAGGAAUCUCAUCAUAAGAAUGGGGCUUUAACUUCUGUUUCUAAUGUGUCUAAAACUCAAUCAUCUGCUUUUAAUAGUAUAUUUAAUGAUAGAAAAGGUCAAAUUCAAAAUUCUAAUAAAGGAACAAAUCAAAAUUUACAGUGUAAAAACUGUGGUCUUAAGGGACAUCUUUUUGAAAGGUGUUAUAAACUAAUUGGUUAUCCGAAAGAUUUUAAGCCUAGGAUUGAGUCUAAUAGUGGAUACCAAAGAAAUCAGAAUAAAACAUUUUCUGUAAAUUCCUCUUCUGUCCCUUCUAGUAGUCCUUCCUCUUCUAAUGCUUCUGGAAAUGGUGGAACUUAUUCUUUCACAAGUAAGCAGUAUAAUAAACUCUUAAUUCUUAUUAAUGAAAGGCCUUCUGCAUCUGAGGAUACUUCUGUCAGUGCCAAUAUGGCAGGUGCUAAUAAACACAUGACCUCAUUUGAGUCUCUUUUGCAAGAUACUAUUGAUGUCUCUAAAUUAAACCUUCUUGUAAAUCAUCCGAAUGGUUCUUCUGCUAAGAUUAAAAAAAUUGGAAACUUGCAGUUUUCUGAAAACUUAACACUUUUUGAUGUAUUUGUUGUUCCUGAUUUUAAUGUCAAUAUUCUUUCUGUUCACAAAUUAUGUAAGGACACAAAUUGUGAAGUUGUGUUUAAUGAAAAUUGUAGUAAAGUUCAGGGUUUACAAUCAAAGAAGGUUGUGGAGAAUGGUAGAGACUCUGGGGGAUUGUAUUAUCUUGAUGCUUUUCCCUCAGAUAAUAACUUUGGUGGGAGAAUAGAAAGAGAAAAGAGAGUACCCUUUUUAGUCUUCAUAUGGAGAGAAGAAUGGAGAAGGAAACGGAAAGCAGAACACGAUGGAAAUCAGAUGUUUUUAAUCUCAGGUCAUUCUCCUUAUGAAGUUGUUUUUAAGAAGUUACCUGUUUUUGAUCACUUAAGAGUCUUUGGUUGUCUCUGUUUUGCCACUAAACUUAAUAAUCAUGAUAAGCUUUCUGAACGUGCUGAAAAAUGUGUUUUACUAGGUUAUUCUUCUGAGAAAAAAGGUUAUAAGCUGUUAAGUCUUGAUACAAAUUCUGUUUUUGUCUCCAGGGAUGUGAAGUUUUAUGAAUUAGUUUUUUCAUUUAAGCUAAAAUCACCAACUGUUGAUAAUCAGUUUGAUUUUAAUAACUCAGUAGACCCUUUUUCCUAUGAUGAUCAACUUAAUUCUGAAUAUGUGAAUGAUUUGAUUGAUUUAAAUGACCUGAGUGUUAACCAUCAGAUGGAUGAUUCUAAUGCAGCUCAGAAUCUGGAUGAAACUUUUUUGAUACUACAUUAG